AUGAUUAAGAAGCUCAAAGAAGAUAUGAUGGAGACCUUUGAGAUGACCGACCUUGGGCAAAUGAGCUAUUUUCUCGGCAUUGAGAGUACUAAAGACUAUGGAAUCCAAUACGAAUAUAACGAAGACACAAGACUGAUUGGCUGCACAAACAGUGACUGGGUUGAAUCAGCUGUCGACAUGAAAAGCACCUCAGGCUACACAUUUUCACUUGGCUCAAGCAUAUUCUCGUGGACAUCCAAAAAGCAAGACUGUGGCGCAAUCUUCAGCAGAGAUCGAGUACGUCGCAACAACACUAACGACAAAUCAAGAUAUUUGACUAAGGUGUAUACUUGGAUACAUGGGAACACUAAGAAAAUUCUAUAG